CCAGUCUCCUGGAAGGACCCCCGCAACAUGGACUCAGCGGUCCCCAUCGUGACGGAGAGCUGUGGCGUUUACGGCACUUUCUACGUGGACCUGAUGGGAAAUGGUCUGAAGACCUUUAACAGUCCUGGGAGCCGCCCUAAGGCUCCUCACGGUGUCCCCCUUCAGCAGGGGGAGACCAUCCAGAUCUUCUCUCAGCCCCUCGCAAAGAGCGCGUCCCUGGGGAGCCGCGAGGCGUUGUCAUGGAAACAGGCUAUACGCCCCCAGCCCAGGAUGGGGGUGCUGAGGGAAAAAACCCACAGCAAGCAAGAGCUGCAUGCAGUGAACAGCGCCCCUCUCACGCCCAGCAGGAGCCAGGCCUGCUCCUCCAGUGUGUUCAGACAGAGGCUCAGUCACAUCCCAGCAGCCCGGCACGGGGGGCAUCCAGAGUGGGAUAAAGCUGCUGGCUGUCCUCGACUGCUGCAUUACUCUGCAUCCUUACACCUGAUGGACAUGCUGCCCCCCCCACCACCAAUGCCACUAGAGGACACCAUGGACUCACACAGCCUCAGCUCAGAUGAAGGCUCCAGUCAUUCUACGAAGCUAUCAGUGGACUUGGGCUCUCUCCAGUCAGUGUGUGAUGCGUCCUGCCGCUGUGGGCAGCCCCCCCCCACCAACAACAGCUGCCCCUCCUACAGCCACCUGUCUACUGCAUCAUACUCCAGGUCAAUGGAUGAGGAGCAGAGGGGCACACUGACAGCAGAGGAGGCUACACAGUAUCUGGAGCUCAGCCCCAAACCUGAGAGGAGCAGUGCUCUACCUCAGCAGUGUCCCUCUCUGUCGAACCCCUUCUCCCCCACCCUGGGCUACAUCUAUGAGCGUGUCCACUCCCCUCAGAUGGAGGAGGACCCCCCCACCCAUGAGCCUGAGGUCCCAACGAUGGGCCUGCGCCGCGCCCGCCUGCAGAGCCCCCCGCCCCCCUCCUCCUGCUGCAGCGAGGGGGACGGCUCCCUGUGGAACACCUGGAGCUCGGUGACGGGCAGCAGCCUGGCCAGCGCCCGCAGCAGCUUCAUCAGCUCCGUGGACAGCUGCUGCACCGAGGACAGCGCCACCUUCAGACGCCUGCUGGCCGCUGCAGCCGGGAGCAUGGGCGGAACCUCGCUGUCAGACUUCUCCCCACCGGCCUCUCCCCUCAGCGCCGUGUACCCGUCGUUCUGUGAGGGCGACUCGGCGGAGCUGGAGCCGGUCCCUGCGUGGGAGUGGAACCUGGCCUGGGUGGAGGAGAUGGAGGCUCAGUACAGAGCUCACUAUCCUGCCAGGAGCUCCAAACCCUUUGACAGUUAGGCAUCAGAGGAAAAGAUGCAACAUGACUGCAUUUUGAGAACUUCACAAGCACCUCACAGCGAUGCCAGAACAGCAAGACAAGAAGAAAUGACGGAUGAUCUUCAUUUAUUUAUCUGAGAGGGCUGGAAUUGAAAGGUUGAAAUACUACAGGGUUUGAUAGCGUUCUCCCUGUCAAUAAUAGUUACAUGUCUGGAUUUCAAAUAUAAUUGGAGCAAACUCCUUGAUGUUUGAGAUACUUCUGUUUGUCUGUAAUAGUUUUACCUCAGGGCAGUCCGACUACUGUUUGCAUCCUCCAAAUGACUUCCAUUGAGGCUCUAAAGUUUUCUUUCCGCUCAUUAGAGGGUAAUGAGACACUUCCCCUGGGCUCUUCUCACCCAGUGUGUUUGAAAAGGCCAGAGACACAGAGACAGGAUGGAGACGGAGAACCCAGUCAUUAGCAGCGCUGCACACUUCCUCACACACAUGUUUGUUUCUUAUUUUCCUCCAAGAUUUCAUUUGGGCUGGAGUCCUACCAAAUGAUCACUUCUGUAUAUUCAGCAUACUCAACACAUGUUAUACAAAGAACUUAAUCACAUUCCAAAUCCCGUUGUCUCUUACGGUUUAUUACAUUCUGGGAAUUAUUUUAUAUUUGAAGAUUGUUUUUUACUUUAUACGCUCUGUCCUUUUUCUAUUUUACAAAAAGUUUGUAUAAUACAAAACAUUAUGUAGUUCAGGAUAGCAGAAGUAGCAAAAGUUAUUUGUAAAAAUAGUUCAAAAUGAAUUGAACUAAGUGGAGGUGUAACUUUAAAUCUUACUUUAGGAAGCAUUCCACAGUAUGCUCGAUGAUUUAUUUUGUUCUCGUAACAAAUGUGUUUUAUUAUUUAGAAAAACAUGUUAGAAUUGAUUGAUAUCAGGUUUUAUAUGUUACAUGUAAUGUUUCAGUGAGCUGAAACCUGUGACAUUGAUACUGUCUCUUAUGUUAUUAUUUUUAUUGUUAUUAAAAACACCCACGUAUACACAUCAAAUGCUAGUGGGACAUUUGAUCUAGAAACUCCUCCAUACAGGAAGUGUUCACAGUUUCUCACAGGGACACGUUGACAUUUCAGUGCUUCACUGGUUCAACAUAUGAGGGGGGGGGGGGGGGUUCCGACAUUGAACCCCCUGCUGUUUCUAAUGGCUGUGUAACAGGAAGGUGAUGUUUAUAACUCAUCUGUUUGGCUUGAGUAACCAACACCAACAAUGCUGCUGCAGCUGAUCAUUACAAACCCGUUGAAGAGAAUAAUUAACACUAAAUGUCUGUGUUUGUUCAGGAAAGUGUGGUUUUUUACUUUGAAAUGUUAAAAAUGAUGUUUUUCCUUAAAAAAAAACCUGGGAUUUAAUGUAGCCUAGUUUAGUCUGUUUAAAGUAGAUUAUUUGCACACGUCAGUCAAACCUCACAGGAGUUGGAUGAGUAUUAGGGAGGAAGAGCUUUGCAGACUGAUACAUAUUUUAAUAUGUAUGUAAGAUAAUAUGAUUUACUCAAUCACUUUGUGUGCAGCUGCAAAGCACGACAUGCAUUUUGAAGUAAUCCCUGGCCUGUAUCUGGGCUGGGGGUCAAAUGAGACUGUUGAGCUAAGAAGUGCUUUGCUGUCUGUUUCAGUUAUAAGCUGCUCAGGAACAGCCAUAUUAGUUAUAUUCCAGGUAUUAAAAACAGCCCAAGUUAACAAACACAUAGGAACGAGUCUCAGGGUUAAUUUGUUAUUUCCUUCUCAGAAGAGGGACAGGCUUUUUCUGCUUCAAAAAUAUGCAAUAAUUAAGAUUUCUUUCAUGUCUUUACUCUCUGAGAAUUUCAUUUAGAAGAUUAAUCAGACUGCUUCUCUAGCAGUUAUUUUCAGAUGAAGUCAAGCAGACCUGCAAAAAGUAGUCAAAGCAGGCUAAAAUGAUGAAUAAUGAAAACAGUGCAGGCUUUGUUAAGCACAGGAAUCAAGCUUUAAACUCUGCUCAUUUAUCUGAAGGAGCCAUAUUUACCCUAUAUGCAAUGCAGCAAAUAGUGGAUUACAUGUUUGUGUGUGUGUGUUUGUGUGUACUGGACCGCCAUAGAGAUUAUCCUUCAUCUGUCUCCUUCACUAA